AUGGUGGGCGUCCUGACGAUAGUAGACCCGCCCCCCGACGACGACAAGGAGCGCGUGGUCAUCAACGUCGGCGGGGUGCGCCACCAGACGUACCGCGGGACCCUCCGCACGCUGCCCGGGACGCGUCUCGCCUGGCUGGCCGAACCCGACGCCACGCACGGGCACCACUUCGACUACGACGCGCAGACGGGCGAGUUCUUCUUCGACCGGCACCCGGGGGUCUUCGCCCACAUCCUCAACUACUACCGCACGGGGAAGCUGCACUGCCCCGCAGACGUCUGCGGACCGCUCUACGAGGAGGAGCUCGCCUUUUGGGGCAUAGACGAGACCGACGUGGAGCCAUGCUGCUGGAUGACAUACAGACAACACAGAGAGGCGGAGGAGGCUCUGGACAGCUUUGGAGGAGGGCCUGCGGAGGGUGCUGCUGAGGAUAUAGAGGGUGACCCGGCGGACACGGUGGCAGGAGACGGAGAUGAGGAGCUGGAGAUGAGCAAGAGGUUGGCACUCACAGGGGACACUGGAGGACCGUGGCAUCGCUGGCAGAGGAAGAUGUGGGCUCUAUUCGAGGACCCCUACUCCUCCAAAUACGCACGGUGGGUGGCGCUGUCCUCCUUGUUCUUCAUCAUUGUGUCCAUCACGACCUUCUGCCUAGAGACGCACGAGGCCUUCAACCCCCUCGUGAACCGCACGGAGUUUAACCCCGUGGACAACAGCACGCGCUACUACGAGGAGCCGGAGACCGUGGCGUACCUGACCUACAUCGAGGGCGUGUGCGUGCUCUGGUUCACCUUCGAGUUCCUGGUGCGCGUCGUCUUCUGUCCCGACAAGCUCAAGUUCAUCCGGAAUACCCUCAACAUCAUCGACUUUGUAGCCAUCCUGCCGUUCUACCUGGAGGUGGGUCUGAGUGGCCUGUCCUCUAAAGCCGCUAAAGACGUCCUGGGUUUCCUCCGCGUGGUCCGCUUCGUCCGCAUCCUGCGUAUCUUCAAGCUGACGCGUCACUUCGUGGGCCUGCGCGUCCUCGGCCACACCCUGCGCGCCUCCACCAACGAGUUCCUGCUCCUCAUCAUCUUCCUCGCCCUCGGAGUGCUCAUCUUCGCCACCAUGAUCUACUACGCCGAGCGCAUCGGCGCCAAGCCCAACGACCCGCGCGCCUCCGAGCACACGCACUUCAAGAACAUCCCCAUCGGCUUCUGGUGGGCCGUGGUAACCAUGACGACGCUGGGCUACGGAGACAUGUACCCGCAGACGUGGUCGGGCAUGCUGGUGGGGGCCCUCUGCGCCCUGUCCGGCGUGCUGACGAUCGCUAUGCCCGUACCCGUCAUCGUCAACAACUUUGGCAUGUACUAUUCGUUAGCGAUGGCUAAGCAGAAGCUCCCCAAGAAGAAGAAUAAGCAUAUAAAGCGCGCUCCUCAGCCCGGCUCUCCAGACUACAAGUCUCCUCUGCAUUCCCCGCGUCACAGUAUCCAUGGAGACGCCUGCUCCCCGCCGCCACACCCGGACGCCAUCACCGAGCAGAAGUUUCCAGAUACCAAGGUGAAUGGGGAGGCGGCUAAGGCGGCGUUAGCCAAUGAGGAUUGUCCGCACAUAGACCAGGCGGUAACCCCUGACGACGCGCAGGUCUUCAGCCCCUCCGACCGCAGUGGGGAGACCCCUCGCUUCCUGCUCAACAUGGGGCCCCGCCCCCCAGCUGCUCACAUGACCAGCCGCCUGCGGAAGGAUUCCUACAUUGAGGACACGUUUAUAGUUCAGUACUUGCACAGUGACGUUUUGAGGGUCACCUGA